CUUACGACAAAGACUACUGUCUAGGAACUGCGUAGUAGUAAUUACAGAGAGACUGUAAGCUUCUGUGGAGUCGCGGGGGGCCUGCAGCAGCUCAUGGGGUGCCUCCUGUUCGUCUGGUGGUUCUCUGCUACAUUGCGGAACUCAACAGCCCGACCGGCCGGGUUUCUAUGGGGACACUAAUUGUACACGGACGCUGUGGCGCGGCAGUUUAAUUCUCCGGCGGCGGCUGAUGGAGCGGGACGAAAUGGUCUUGACGGGGCUCAUCAGGAAACUCGGUCAUCAGCUGGCCGAGAUCAGGGAACGCGCUCUCAAGAAUAUUCUUUGCAAGGUUGAGCACAACUUAGUCUGUUGCGAUGAUCUAGUUCGGGAGAGGCUACUUUUUCUCCAUUUGCUGGAAUGGUUCAAUUUCCCGUCUGUUCCAAUGAAAGAAGAGGUUCUCAGCCUUUUGAACAGAUUGGUUAAGUAUUCCCCAGCAGUCCAGCAUUUGGUUGAUCUUGGCGCAGUCGAAUUCUUAUCUAAACUUCGUUCUAAUGUGGAGCCGAAUCUGCAGGCUGAAAUUGAUGGCAUUCUGGAUGGACUUUUUAUUCUUCCUUCAGAAGAUGCUGCGCUAUAUUCUGCACCUUACCAAACCAAACAAACUGAAUUGCCACAACAACCUGAAAUUUUAAUAGGAUAUUUUCCUCAAGACAAAAGUAAUUUCCAGCAGAUGGAAGUGUCUCCACGACCAAUGGUAAAUCAGACUGUGAAGUGUUUGAAGUUUUCUACAUUUCCUUGGCUACCUCUGACUACAACGGAUAGACAUGUUCUCUCCUCUAAUGAAAGCUCUUUAAGAAGUAGUAACCACACUUUAAUUUGGAACACCUGUGAACUAUUGAAGGAUGUAAUCAUGCAAGAUUUUCCUGCUGAAAUUUUCCUUCAAAGGCCAAAAAUUGUUCAGAGCCUUUUAUCUCUGUUGAAACUGGCCUUUGGAGGAGACGGAAAACAUCGCCUGGCUUUACAGUCAGUGUCUUGCUUGCAGCAGCUGUGCACAUCCUUAAGAAACAGACUUAACUUUCACCGAGAUCCGGGUUUUUUCUCUAGUAAACAAGAUACAGUUUCCCAAAAUUCUUCUUUGUCUUACUGUCAUGAAGUUAGAGUUACUCAUCAUUCCCAGAAUCCUUCUCCAGGAAGCAGUAGCCCCCGGCCUUCUGUGGUUGGACGCACAGGCCAGCGACCCAGAGGAGAUGGCCAGGAUUGGGACGCCGUGUCUUCCAGUGGAAGUAGUAGUCAUGCUCCUGUGAACUCUCGGAUAUCUGUGCAUUCGCCUUUGGAUGUGGUUCAUGUAGAUCUGCCGGAGCUAGAGACUGAAGACACUCUGGAACUACAAUUCCAGCAGCUCAGUCUUCCCCAGUUCUGUGUCUCUAUUCUGGAAUCAGCAGUUCCUCUCUUAAGAACAGGUAGUAGACAAAUGAUAAUAAGAGUUCUGGAAUUGCUUGCAGAGGAUAUGAUACUUAUUGGUGAAGCAAUUUCAGAAGAUAUCUGGGAUGACAGCAGUCUUUUUGCUAUAGAUAUGAAAGAGAAACUCCUCGUGGUGUUGGGGUCCCUGGGAGAUACCAUGUGCUACCAUAAAAGCGGAGUGAGCGUGGACCAGCCCCAGGUCAUGCUUGUGCACCACCGGAUGGCCUUUGUCAGCAUCUCACUGUUUGCAGUCCGAGUACUGCAGUUGCUUCUCCCUGUUGAGAAGGCAAGCCACCUUUUACCGGAGUCUAUGUCAGCAGCAUUAUUUCUAGUUUCUUUGGACAUGCCUAUUUCUUUGGAAUAUCCAAAUAUUCACGAAGCUGUUGUGGCAUAUUUGGAACAGCUGAAUUCUGAAAACUACAGUAUUUAUAAACGAACUGCAGAGGCUGUUUAUUCAAUUGAAUGUACCUGUAACUUCCUGUCUGAUGUUGGGAAGGAGGGAGAGAAGAAUCUCUUAGAAUUAGUGGAGCUGGCAGACCAAGCCUUGCGAAGCUUUUCCUAUCAUCAGCAUUUCCCCCUAAUAAAGGAAAUCAUCUGCAUGUGUUCAAAGAUUUGGAAAUCUGCACAGGCCAGUCCAUUACUUCAAGGAGAAAGUCAGAAGGUGUUUCUACGCAUGUUAUCUCACCCAUUACUGCAAGUGAAAGUUGAAACUUACAAUUGCUGUCUGGAAAUUAUUAAGGAAUGCUUAGGUGUCCAUAAUGUCACUAAACCUGUGUCUUCACUUUGUAAUGGAAUUCAUUUUCUACUUCACCCUAAAGUUUUGUAUGAAAUCUCUGCAUUUGGCAUUCAAGAGCCCAAAAAUGAGGUGAAUGCUGCCGCCAAGGCCAUCCUGCUGUAUCUGCUGCAGGGACGAUUGAUGAUGACAGCAGUGACCUGGAACAAGUUUAUUGAGUCUCUCUGUCCUGUCAUUCCAGUGCUGCAGGGCUAUGCUGACACAGAAGAUCCUUUGGGUAACUCCAUUCUCCUCCUGAGCAAAGGGAGUCCUGAGGCAGGCGAAGGGGCUCUCCCCUGUACCACCCGACUGAAGUCCAUGCUGCGGCUCCUGCUCGUCAGAAAGCCGUCGGUCCGUUCACUAGCAUUAAAGCUUUUAGCAUGUCAUCUCACAAGGGAAGAAGGGGCUGACAGGAAGCGCCCUUCAAUAGAUGCCAGAGUUCUCUCCAGAGUUACUAAUUUAUUUAUCGUGAAAAAACCUAUUGAACUGAAAUUGGAUGACAGAAGAGAACUGAUUAUUAAGGUGACUAUAACUGUUGGGUUUAUUAUUUCAUGGCUACUUGAUACAUUUGUAUAUCACAUAUUUUAUAUUACAUUCUUUAGUUUGUGUGUGCAUCUGAGAGGAGGAGAAGUACUAGCUAGCUUCAAGUGUGAUAUUAAAAUGCAUGCUGUGGUGAAAAAGUUACACUUAAUUGACAAGAUAAUUGAGUAUUUAAAUGAAUGUGUAGGUCAGGAUGGUGAGGUCAUAGAAUGUUUGAUUCAGCCAUGCCUCACGCUCUUGAGGAAAGUUCUGUGUGCCGACCCGGUCAUGCGCAUGGCCCUCUCACAGCAGUCUUCUCUUUUGACCCUGUUAUUCAGAGUUUCGUUGAUAUUUCAUGAAAAUUGUGCUGUUGUGACUGAAGUCGGAGCAUUAUUUUGUCUUCUGUUAUUUGAUGAAGUAUCAAGAAUGGAUAUGUGGUCUGUUAAUCCUUCCAAUAAACCUGCACCUUCGGUCUUCAGUUUGCCUGUCUCAGUUUUUAGAAGGUAUCAUCUACCAGCGCAUGUAGUUGGCCACCAUGCUGUGAGUCCUUACUCCAUAGUUUUGCCAUUAUCUGCUGAUUGUUUGGCCUUGAAGCCGGUCUCAGACAUGCUGAGAAUAGCUUGGAACUUGUCCUGGUAUCAUGGGAGUGAUAAUCUGUUGAAGCAAAUGAAUUCUGAACCUAAAAUCCAAGAAUUUUCAGAUGCAUUGAAGUUACACACAGAGGACACCCUUGCUCUGCAGGUGACACACACAGCUAGUGCACUGAGGGACUGUCUUCGUUCCAUCGUCGAGGCUGCAGCUCACAGGGAAGUGAGGGCUGCUAUCACAAGCAUGAGUUUUUAUCUUCUGAAUGACAGGCUGUCUUUAAAGGGUGGUGCUGGCCCAUGUGGGGUGACCUUGAAGUGUUUGUCUUGGCACACCACACUGAACAGGUUUUUACAGGUGCUUCCUGCUUGCACUGAGGAUGAGAAACUGCUAAUAGAUAUCAUACAUUUCUUAAAUAAGUUAUUGAAGGAACAAAGAAAAAACUCAUCAGUAGAACUUCUAAACUGGCUUCUAGAAUUACUUCUUAGACAUAGUCCAAACCCAUUAUUAGACCUGCUGGUUCUGACGGAGUCACAGGCAGGAGAGGAAGCGGAUGACAUCCGGACUGCUGUCAGGCAACAGCUCCAGAAAGAACUGAUUGCUCUUUUCAGUACCUUGCUUCUCAAUGUCAUGGCAGUUACUGACAGGAAGUGCUUGGAGCUUCUUUACGUUUUCCAAACGCAGCUGGCUCUGAAACUGCUCCAGUGCCUGAGAGUCACGGAUGCUCCUCACUUCUAUGGCCUGCCAUCCCUCGAGAGGACCUUACGAGGGAUGGCUCAUCUCACAGCAUCUCCAGGAUGGAGCUCACAUUCUCCUCUCACAAAGCCACUUGAAAUUUGUGUUAAGUACUUGUCAGGUCUCCUUGAAGUCAUUACUUCUUUUUAUGUGGAGCGUGGAGGAAAUGCUAUGUCCUUUAUGGGAAAAGGCGUCACAAAGAGCACAGUUCUUUGCUUGCUUCACUUAUCCCACGAGAUGAUGAUCCAGGCCCAGAGCUCGGAGUGGAUGUCACUUUGGUUCUUGCCUUUGGGUACUCACAGUGAAGAGCAUGCUCGUACUCAACAAGGACUGGCUUGGUUGAUUCCAUUAUGGGUUGAUCGAGACCCAGAGGUGAGGUUUACUUCGCUGGGAUUAGGAUCAGCACUGACCACCCUUGAAACUGGUUGUAUGGCAUUGUCAAACAGUUGUCAAAACAUUUCUGGUGGGCUCUGGGGAACGGUGGUGAACAUUCUUCUGGACCAGUCGGAAUGUAGUAUGGUGCGCCGGGAGGCUGCAUUUAUUCUUCAGAAUCUCCUUGUAAUUCCAAUGCCUUCAGUAAUUAUAAAGGAUUAUACCUGGCAGGGCCCUUGUGUCCACGAUGAGGAUUCUGGCCUAUCGCUCACGGGAAAACCUGCCCUUCAGGCUCUUUUAUAUCACUGCCAUUUUUAUGAACAUUUGAAUCAGAUGGUAAAACACUGUUACCUGGGACGGUAUACAUUUGAUUUGAAUUUUUCUGCUCUUGAUGGAACUUCAGAAGGCAGCGAUUUAAAUGGUUUAGAUGACUCAUUCAAGUUUUGGAGGGCUCCAUCUAGGAUGUCCAAUCAAGAUCAAGAUUCAAGUUCUCUCUCCACCUUGGAAACAAUGGUGGCACCUUCGUCGGGGAGUGCUGAAUUUCUACCACUUGGGCCCUCAGCAGUGUCUCUCCCUGAAGCCUCACACGACCAGUUUGUGGCUCAAGUAAUGGGUCAGCAUGAAACUACAUCAGCACAGCUUCCUCGUGGCACAUCCCUUCCUGCCCCUCUGCCCAGGCAGUGUGUGGUCACUCCACCUCUCCUGUCAGCCGUGUGCGGCCUGCUGGACGGCCUCUUGGCUAUCGCUCCCGGAGACACUGCCCGUGCUUUCCGGCAAGCCCGGCUCGUAGAGCUUCUCUGCAGUAUUGCAGAUGCCACCCUCCUAGAGAGCUGUGUCCAGGAGCUGAAGGCUCCACUGCCUUUGUCACCUCCAGUUGAACACACUCAGGCUCAGGUAUCCUUUCUCCUAGAAUACCUGUCAUCUUUGUCCAGGCUUCUGCAGUCAUGUUUAUUGGUAGAUCCCAACCUUGUGAUUCAGGAUGAGCUUCUGAAACCUCUUAUCACAAACAUCAUUGGGGUCCUCACCAUAUGCACCAAAGAUGUCUUAGAUGUAGAGUUGAUGUCGGCUUUUUAUCACACGUGGACACAUUUAUUUAACCUUCUGGCUACACUCCUGAGGAAAGCUGCUAUUGCCUCUCUCCCGUCUAUGACAGCAGGUCUGGCCAAGCACUGGACGGCGGUGAUCGAUAUGUUGUGCACAUGUGUGGGUUUGUCUACCACACGCCCUGCGUUAUCUACCGCCAGCCUGCAAUUCCUUUCUGUUCUCUUGACUGAGGAAGCAAAAAGGCAUCUCCAAGAUCAGGAUAAAGCAAAUGUAUGCCACCGUCCAUCAAUGGCUUCACUUCUUGAUAAAACUCAGGAAAAUCAGAAAUCUCUAGAACGACUUAAUGAAGUAAUUCUUCAGUGCUAUGAAGGAAAAUCCUCCAAGGAUGUCCUGAAAAGAGUUGCUGCAAAUGCAUUGAUGUCACUUCUGGCUGUCAGUAGAAGGGCUCAGAAACAUGCUUUGAAAGCUGAUCUAAUAGACAGCUGCAUGGAGCAGAUGAAGCACAUUAAUGCACAACUGAACCUAGAUUCUCUCAGGCCUGGGAAAGCAGCCCUAAAGAAACAGGAGGAUGGUUUUAUUAAAGAGUUAAGCAUUACUAUGCAGCUUCUAAGAAACUGUCUUUAUCAAAAUGAAGAAUGUAAAGAAGCAGCUCUUGAAGCUCAUCUUGUUCCUGUCUUGCACUCUCUCUGGCCUUGGCUUUUGAUGGAUGAUUCAUUGAUGCAAAUUGCCCUGCAGCUACUUUGUGUCUAUACUGCAAAUUUUCCAAAUGGUUGCAGUUCUCUUUGUUGGUCAAGUUGUGGACAGUAUCCGGUUCAAGCUGCGUAUAGAGGGGCCCCUGCCACAUCUCUGAUGGGGUGUAUCCUGAAGUUGGCUUCCCAGAUGCCUCUUGAGAACACUGCCGUUCAGCAGAUGGUUUUUAUGUUUCUUUCAAAUCUGGCCUUAUCUCAUGACUGUAAAGGAAUAAUUCAGAAAAGUAACUUCUUACAGAACUUUCUAUCUCUAACGUUGCCAAAAGGAGGAAGUAAGCAUCUCAGUAAUCUGACCAUUCUUUGGUUGAAGUUACUCCUGAAUAUAUCAUUUGGAGAAGACGGGCAACAAAUGAUCCUGAGGCUAGAUGGCUGUUUAGACUUACUUACAGAAAUGAGCAAAUACAAGCAUAAGAGCAGCCCUUAUAUACCACUUCUUAUCUUUCACAACAUCUGCUUCAGUCCUGCCAAUAAGCCCAAGAUCCUGGCUAAUGAAAAAGUCAUUGGUGUGCUAGCUGCCUGUCUGGAAAGCGAGAGUCAAAAUGCUCAGAGGAUUGGAGCAGCUGCGCUUUGGGCUCUGAUUCACAAUUAUCAAAAGGCAAAAACAACUUUGAAAAAUCCAUCAAUAAAAAGAAGAGUGGAUGAAGCAUAUUCCUUAGCAAAGAAAACUUUCUCAAACUCAGAAGAAACUCCUCUAAAUGCCUAUUACUUGAAAUGUCUUGAAAACCUUGUUCAGCUUCUAAACUCUUCCUGAGCCAUGUGAGAUUCUCCUCCCUGAAACUGAUGGCCGCCAGACAGGUGAGCCAACCUUGAAGCAAGCUCUGUGUGGCAGCUGUUACCUGGAGACAUGCUAAGUCUCUGCAAGGUGUGUGCCCUUCCUGCCUGAUGAGAAAUAAAACUGGGACAUCUCAGCUCUGUCCCUCCGUACCAGCUCUCUCUGAGUAAGAGCAGCUGACAAGAAGAUGAUGGACAAAAGGCAUAGAAAGUUUUGGGAACAUAAACAUUUUUACCUUUUUCUAUGCAAUUUGCUUUGUAAAAAUCAUAUUUAACAGUUAUUUAAUAAAAUAUUUUCAGAAACU